UAGUAUACAGAUAUAGUGACGCAUUUAUAAUUAAUUCUGCAGGUAAAAAGUUAGGUAUUUGACUCAGGCGAGUUGACAGUAAAUUGGAUAUUUUCUAGUAUAAGUACUCUCGGAGUUUUUGCUUUAAGUUCAAGAGUAUUUAUAAAAGAAAAUGAGCCUUCACUCGCCAACUAUUGUGCCGCAGAACAACAUCACUGCAACUACGAGAUCACCUACCAGUCCGACAUCAGCAACAGGUUCUGCAGCAUCACCUUCCAAGACUCCGAUUUCAUCUCUUCAGGAAAUAUGUCAGAGAAUGGGGAAGACACCUCAAUACGAUCUGACAGCCAUGGAGGGACGGGCUCACCAACCCCAAUUUGUGUAUCGAUGCACAGUUGGUGAUAUCAUGAAGACUGGACAGGGUGGUAGUAAGAAAUCAGCUAAACAUGCAGCUGCGGAAGCUGUACUUAAUUCACUGAAAAAUGGUGGGGAUGCUGAUGAAGCAGAAGAUGAAUCGCAGAAUCAACAAGAAGUUCCUGAACAGAAGAUUGAAGAACUAUCUUCACAGGAGAGUACUAACCCUGUGGGAACAUUACAAGAAUUGGUUGUGGCUAGAGGGUGGAGGCUUCCAGUAUACUCAAUGUACGCAGAGUCUGGUCCUGCUCAUAAAAAAGAAUUCAUCAUGUGUUGUACAGUGGAAUCAUUCAAAGAAUAUGGCAGUGGAACAGCGAAGAAGCAUGCAAAAAGGGCAGCAGCGACAAAAAUGUAUGACAAGAUAAUGGCAUUACCCGCUGAUGCUAAACCCCCUCCAGAUCACGAAGUGAAAGGAAAGCCUGUUUCAUUUGAUAUCCUCUACAAUACUAAUGGAGAUAAAAUUCAACCGAUGCAUCUUGAUGAUUCUCUGGAAAUCAAUGUUUGUCAAUAUCUUCAACAGAUUGCUGAACACUCCAACUUUUCUGUUGAAUAUUAUGACAUACAGGAGUAUACAUCAAAUGGAACGUUCCAAUGUAUGGCUUUACUCACAACUCAGCCAGCGUUUUCUGUUUCUGGUGUAGGCACGAGCUUUGAUGAAGCACAUGGAGUUGCAGCGAAAAAUGCCAUUCGCAUGUUGAAGAUAUUUUUUCAAAGAAUGUCAACAAAUCGUGAAGGUGUAAAAAAAGAAGCAGGAGAGAAGUAGUUAACAAAGUAGUCCAAUGUAGCCUUUUAUAUUAAAUGUUCAAUUUUUUUUUUAUGUGUGCCAUACGGAUUUUGAAUAUUUUUCCUAAGUGUUAAAUUUUUAUUUUUAAAUGAAAUAACUGAACAUAUCUUCAAUGUAUCAAUUUUUGUCACCCAUUAACUACAUGUGAAGUAUAUACUCGACAUUUUUAGAUUCAAUUAGAUUUUAGAUUUCAAAAUCGAGUAACCGUGAAUUGAAAAUGACAAUCAAUUAUUAAUGAAUCAUGUUGAUGCUGCGAAAGUUCCGAGUUUUUUAAUGUAUAUACAUAUAUAUUUUUCUUAUGUGUGUAAAUCAUGGUGAUUAACAUUAGUUGAGACACGAAUUCAUUUUAAUAAUAAACACUUCGGGGGACUCCGUUAUGACUACUAAUAAGCAUGUUCUUCUUGCUUGCAAAAAAUACUAUUGCGAUGUGUUCGUUAUGGAAUUUACAAUCAUGUUUAUGGAUAUCUCAAUCAAUCGUCAUUUUUUGGAAAUAAACUUGUUACUGUA